AUGUUUGUAGAAGAAAUUGCGACACACAACAGCGCGGAGUCAUGCUGGCUCAUCAUCGACGGCAAGGUGUACGAUCUCACAGACUUCCUAGACGAACACCCGGGCGGAAAAAAAAUCAUCCUCAAACACGCGGGGACCGACGCGACAGCCGAAUUCGACAAAUUCCACCCGCGUGACACACUCAACUUCCUCGCGCCCGAGUGCUGUAUUGGGGAAGUGGAAGACCCUGAGAACUUACCGCAAACCGAGGAGGAAGAGGUUGUGGACGACUCCACGGAAGAAGAGCGGGUGGCGGAGGAGGCGCGCCUCGACCGUAUCGCACACAAGCCAGACCUUUCUAAAAUUAUCAACCUCUACGACUUUGAGGCGGUUGCGCGCACGACGAUGGACCCGAACGGCUUCGCAUACUACUCUUCCGGGACCGAAGACGAAAUCACUCUCCGUGAAAACCACAACGCGUUCAAGCGUGUAUACUUCAAUCCGCGCGUACUAGUGGACGUUACGGACGUCGACCAAACCACAACAAUGCUCGGGAGCCCGGCCGCGACGCCCCUCUACAUCUCUGCCACUGCUAUGGGCAAGAUCGGACACGAGGAUGGCGAAUUAGCGCUUGCACGCGCGGCCGGAACCACUGGAAUUAUCCAGAUGGUUCCGAACUUGGGUCUGUUUGGGUUCGAUGAGAUCGUCGAUGCGGCACAGCCGGACCAACCGCUCUGGUUUCAGCUCUAUGUCAACCGCAACAAGGAGAUUGUAAAGCGCAUCGUCCGGGCUGCUGAGACGCGUGGCGUUAAGGCCUUGUUUGUCACGGUGGACGCGCCACACGUGGGGAAGCGUGAGAAGGACAUGCGCUCCAAGUUUCUCGCGGGAAGAUCGGACUCAGACGACAACGGGAACCACGGGGAUGGAGACAAGAAGACGUCUGCGUUGAUUGAUACCGCAUUGACGUGGAAGGAUGUGGCGUGGUUCCGGUCAAUCACGUCGAUGAAGAUUGUGCUCAAGGGAAUCCAGACGGUUCAGGAUGCGGUGUUGGCAGUGCAACAUCACGCAGAUGGGAUUGUGAUCUCGAACCACGGGGGGAGACAGCUUGAGACGGUGCGCGCGCCGAUUGAGGUGCUCGCGGAUGUCAAUGCUUACUUUAAGCAGCACCCGGAGAUUCUUGCGGGGAAGCAGUUUGAGAUGUUUAUCGACGGUGGGGUGCGCCGUGGGUCGGAUGUGUUGAAAGCGAUCUGUUUGGGUGCUAGGGGCGUGGGUUUGGGCCGUGCGUUGUUGUAUGCAAUGGCGGGGUAUGGCCAGGAGGGAGUUGAGAAGGCAGUAGCGAUUUUGAAGGAUGAGAUUGUUAUGUGUAUGAGAUUAUUGGGAGUUACGUCGUUAAAUCAGUUGGAUGAGUCAUACGUGGAUCUUGCGGCGUUGAAGGGUGGGAGGGGGAGCUCUGGCGGAGCAUUGUUUGACAACGUUUAUGAGCCGAUGGGGGUUGUGAAGUUUAAGGCGAGGUUGUGAGGGAGUAACAAACCAAGGGAGUGAAGCGACCGAAGGGUAGCUAACCAAUGAUUAUGUUUAAUCGUGGCCCCUCAGCUAUUAGCGUUUCCCGUGGAUGUAACCGGUUCGAGGAAGCAAACACUGGUAUUAGUAUUUACAAAGAUUUGGCUGUACGCGCAGCAUUGCUGGUGGUGUCAUUCAAUUCGUAAAGACCAAAAUGGUGGUUAUUUAUUAGAUUUAUUUCAGGAUAUACGUGUAAUGGAGAUCCGGAUAAUAUCCAUUGUAUCUUGUGUGAAAAUCUUGGCCGGCUCUAAUAGUACACGAACAUAUACAUAAAAUUUCCAAUAGUUGCAAAUUUUCGUCAUAUUCCCAGGAAGUGAAAAUGCACU